AGAAACUGCUCUUAAACUAAUUUCCUGUUUCUGGCAGCUCAGGGCUUCCAUAGCUUAGUGAUGCUGGACUGUUUUGGUUUUCUCUGAAUCAGAUUAGACCACGCCCCCUGUAUAUGUUUGGCCACGCCUUCUUCAUCAGACGCUGUUGUGUUGGUUAACGGGGCGUUGAUUUCCGGUAUCAGGCGGUUGUAUCUGCAGGUUCAUCGGUGUGUGUUUGUGUGUGUGAGUGGGCUGUUCACGCGUUAUGUGAGAGAGCUUGGAGUGUGUGUGGGGGUGUGUUCGUUAACGUGCCCAGCUUCGGAUACUGUCACCGCUUUGCACCGCAGCCGGACGGCCGGGCAUACAUGCCAGUUACCGCCGAGGCUCCACGGCCGUUUUCCCAGCGAUGACCGAGAGCCCCGCGUCCAAACCUGCCAGCAACGGGGAAGGGUGUCUGCAUGCAAGGAACGGGCUGAAACCGGAGCGGAACGGCUUCCUGAAGAGCCUCCAGCAGCAGAGCCGUCACCGGGACCGGGACGAGGAAGAGGUGAGGCCCGGGAUGGGACGGCGAAGAACCGCAGAAAGCUGCUGCUGCUGCGGUCUGAAGAUCCAACUUGUGCGGCUCCAUGCAGCGCCGCAUCAUGGCGACUUGUACAACCGGCCCUUCCUCGAGUCUUUUGAAGAGACGCCCAUGCUGGUGGCCGUCCUCACCUACAUGGGCUACGGCAUCCUCACCGUCUUCGGCUACCUGCGGGACUUCCUGCGUCACUGGAAGAUCGAGCGGUGCCACAUCGCCAGGGAGAAGGAGGAGCAGAAGGACUUUGUGCCGCUCUACCAGGACUUUGAGAACUUUUACACCAGGAACCUCUACAUGAGGAUAAGGGACAACUGGAACAGGCCCGUCUGCAGCGUUCCAGGAGCCAAGAUGGACCUGGUGGACCGGGUGUCCCACGACUACAACUGGACCUUUGAAUACACGGGCCGGACCGUGAAGGCCGUCAUUAACUUGGGCUCGUAUAAUUACCUGGGCUUCGCUGAGAACACGGGCCGCUGUGCUGACGCUGCAGCCGAGGUCAGCAUGGCGUACGGCGUUGGAGUGGCGAGCACCCGGCAGGAGAUCGGGAACCUGGACAUCCAUGAGGAGAUGGAGGACCUGUUGGCCAGGUUUCUGGGGGUGGAGUCGGCCAUGGCGUUUGGGAUGGGCUUCGCCACCAACUCCAUGAACAUCCCGGCUCUUACCGGCAAGGGCUGCCUGAUUCUGAGUGACGAGCUGAACCACGCCUCUCUGGUCCUGGGAGCCAGACUGUCCGGUUCCACCAUCAGGGUCUUCAAACACAACAACAUGCAGAGCCUAGAGAAACUGCUGAGAGAAGCUAUAGUUCACGGCCAGCCCCGGACCCACCGGCCCUGGAAGAAGAUCCUCAUCAUGGUGGAAGGCAUCUACAGCAUGGAGGGCAGCAUAGUACGGCUGCCGGAGGUGAUCGCCCUGAAGAGGCGCUACCGGGCCUACCUGUACCUGGACGAGGCCCACAGCAUCGGCGCCCUGGGCCCCAGGGGGAGAGGCGUGGUGGAUCACUUCGGCCUCGACCCGCGUGACGUGGACGUCAUGAUGGGAACCUUCACCAAGAGCUUCGGAGCCGCAGGGGGUUACAUCGCAGGGAAGAGGGAGCUCAUCGACUACCUGCGCUGCCACUCCCACAGCGCCGUGUACGCCACCUCCAUGUCUCCUCCUGUGGUGGAGCAAAUCAUCACUUCUAUGAAGUGCAUUAUGGGAGAAGACGGAACGACGAUAGGUUCUGACCGGAUCCGGCAGCUGGCUGAGAACACCUGCUACUUCCGACGGAGACUUCGGGAAAUGGGCUUCAUCAUCUACGGGAACGACGACUCGCCCGUCGUUCCCAUGAUGCUCUACAUGCCCGCCAAGAUAGGAGCGUUCGGCCGCGAGAUGCUGAGCAGAAACAUCGGCGUGGUGGUGGUGGGCUUCCCGGCCACGCCCAUCAUCGAGUCGCGGGCGCGCUUCUGCAUCUCGGCCGCUCAUUCCAGGGAGCUGCUGGACCAGGCGCUGAGUGCCAUCAGCGAGGUCGGUGACCUUCUUCAGCUCAAGUAUUCGCGUCACAGGAUCCAGCCGUCUGGGGCGCGACCCUUCGAUGACGGCGUCUACGAGGACAUCGAUGACUAACACGAGGUCACAGGUCAAGAUGCAUCACAAGUCUUCCAUGAGGAUGGAGAUGUUGCACAAGUCCCUGCUCACGAUCAACCCCCAGCCACACAUCCUGGCCUCUAACUGCACUUCGCCUUAAAGCUGCAGCAAGCUUGAAAGAAGCGCCUCUUCUUCUCACUCUGUGUUUUUAUGAGACUCUGUGAGGCAGGCGUCGCUUCACGUUACAGAAACCAAUGAUGUUAUCAUUUAACCACGACUGAUGGUCUGUCUUCAGCUGACACUUCUGGAUGUUUUCCAGCUGAGCUUUUUCAUCUGCCUGUAAAAUAUGAUGUUUUUGACCAACAAAAUAGUUUCCUGUUGCUUUGUUUUGCACAAUGAAUGACGUGUUCAUAUCUCCUGUCAUCUGGUUGGUCUAAAGUCACAUCCUUCAACAUCUGGGUGCUGAGCUUUUGAAGGAUGAAGAUACUUGUUUCAUUAAAAACAGCAUCAGAUCAGAACCUGCUGCUGAAAAGCAAAGUUUCAGUUUUUGGAGUUUACACACUACAUCCCAGCAAGCUGAUCUGGCCUUUCCCAGAUUAUAAAACAGUUUCAGACGCCUAGAGCAGAACAUUGUCAGAUUAUGAUGUUAGAGGACGCAGGACCACAAAGGGCCACUUGGAGGCAGAGUUGAGCAGGAUGUUGUAUUUCAGGUAUCUUUUAUGUUCCAGAUUUUGACAUGUUUGUCCAGUUGGACGGAUUCUUUCCUGCCCUUAAUGUCCUGCAGCCUCAGAGAAACGCUGAAGGCGAUGCGGACGGGCCGAGGCGACGGCAAGCUGCCGUCAAACGAGCCCAAACCAUCAUUCCUCCACCCCUGUGCUGGACUGUUGGCCUCUGGUGUUUGUGCUGAUUUCCUGCUUCUGGUUUCCUCUGUCUCGGUUCUGAUCCAGAUGUUCUCUGAUGGACUUUAGUGCCUCGAAGUCAUUGUUUUGCAGAUUUGGAAAAUGUUGAGCAUGUUUAUUUCUUCACCAGAAGUCGUGAGCGCUGGACGUGUUUCUGUUGACCGCCUUGCAUUUCAUCAUCUCCACCAGAGUCACUAACUGUUCAUAUGUGAGCUGCCACUGUUCCAGUCCAACCAGCACAUCAUUAAAACAAUACACAUCUGGA